AAAACUUCAGCAACGCAAUCAGGCUAAUUAUGCGUUUAAUUCCAUUGUUUUAAGUUACGCAUAAUUGAAUACUUAACAAUGUUUACAACGAUAAUUGUCGGUAUGUACUACGACGCUUUAUAUAUGAUUAUGUGACGAGCUUUUAAGAGCUAUGGUUCAUUGAUUUUGGGUUAAGAGCGAAACCGUAAACGGAUGAGAAAAGCUUCUCAGCACAAAUUCACUUAUAUCAAGUAAUAAGGCGAGAAAACUUAUUUAUUUUUAAAACUUACAAGGAAGUAUUUAACGUUGGAAUAAAAGAGUUAUUUUUCACAGUUCAAUAAAAAUUGGUUAAUACUUUAUGAUUACAUGAAUUUUAUAGCAAAGUAGCUAGUAGUUUUUAUAAACAACACACGUUAUUAGUUUUUAAAAAUUUACCACCAUAACGCGCCUACAUAGUAUUCGAAUUAAUAGGGACUAUAUCAGAAUGGGUUCAAGGAUAAGCUCUUCAAAACGAACCGCUGAAACUUUUAACAACGGUAAAGAAUCCAAACUUAAAAGACGUUUAGGAAAACAUUCAGGUAAACGUGAUAUUUUAAAUCACAACGAAAACUGCUUUCCUCGUCCAAGAAAGUUAGAAAUGCUGUUAGAUAGACCUGAAGCUUCUCGUUGUGUAAAAGAGCAACACGGCUGGAAUGCUGAAGAUCGUAGUAUGAACAUUUAUGUAAAAGAGGAUGACUGUAGAAUUUCACAUAGACAUCCAGUUGCGCAAAGUACCGAUGCUAUUAGAGGAAAAGUAGGUUAUUCAAAAGGAUUACACGUAUGGGAAUAUACAUGGUCAACCAGACAGCGUGGUACUCACGCAGUUGUUGGUGUUGCUACUGCUAAAGCCAUUUUACAUUGUGCCGGGUAUCAUUGUCUUGUAGGAGCAAAUUCAGAGAGUUGGGGAUGGGAUUUAGGCAGAAAUAAAUUAUUUCAUAAUGAAAAAGCAGUAUUAUCACAGACUUAUCCAAAAAACUUAGGAUCUGAUGCUAAUUUUAUUGUCCCUGACACAAUUAGAUGUAUUUUAGAUAUGGACGUAGGAGAGUUAAGUUUUGAAGUUGAUGGACAAUUCCUCGGAGUCGCGUUUACUGGUCUUAAAGAUAAAACCGUUUAUCCAAUUGUAUCUGCAGUUUGGGGACAUUGCGAAAUUAAACUCGACUAUAUUGGUGGUUUAGAUCCUGAACCGCUACCGCUGAUGGAUUUAUGCCGGCUCAAAAUACGUCAACAAGUUGGUAAAGAGAAUAUGACCGAAGAGACAUUAAAAAGCUUCGAUAUUCCGCGGCAAAUGAGAGAUUAUCUUAUCUAUAAAUGGUAACAAAUUUAAACCACCGAAAUAUUUGCUCCAUACCGAACAAAAAAAAAAUGACAAACAGCCGAUACGGGGUUUUCUUUCUAGUUUCAUCGCUGGAAUUCUCAUUAUCUAAUUACCCGAUGGAAGAUUAUGAUGUGAAAAAAGACUACCGUCUUCACCAACUUCGAAGUUGUUCAAAAUUCGAUUGAAAUCGACGCUUGCUUGCUGUUCGUUUUAAAUGGUGAAAAUGUUCCUUUGAGAAACGAAGUAAUAGACAUAAUUUAAUUUUGCCAAAUUUUCAACAAAACGUUCCUGAGUACAAAACGAUCUGUUUGAUGGUCUUCAAUUAUGAGAUGUUUUAUUUUUUCCAACGCUGUUGCAAUUGCAAAAACUUUUCUUCGAUCGAUUCUUUCCUAAUUUAACAGAACGGAAUAUAUGUUUAUUUUAUAUUCUUGAAAAAAUAAACGUUUUAAAAAAUGUUUGAAAAAACAUUUUAAAAUCAUUAAAGUUUAAGAAACUAAUAAUUUAUAUGUAGUAUAAUAAUUUAAGAAGUUAUAUAUUUAUUAUUACGUCCAUUCUUUUAUUGGACAAAUUUUCAAAAAAAAAAUAAAACCAGUUUGUUAAAAUCCAUUUUUAAAAGGGCAUUUUUGUGACUCCAAGUAUUUUUGAUCUCGAUGAUCAUUUAAAAUAUAGGAAUCUUCCAUUCAUUUUUUCAUAGCUUCAUCAAACAUAAUAACUUUAUUAUUAAAAAAAGAUUUGCAUAAAUAAGAUUUUUUAGUUGUAAUUUUAAAGGAUAUUGUUUCAAAAAAACUAUUCGUAUAAGUUGUAAAUAUAUUUUUUAUAAUAGUUUGUUUCUAUAA